AUGAGCUACGACAAAGUCCCACCGGAAUCGUAUCCUCCUCCAGGAUACCAAUCUCACUAUCCUCCUCCGGGUUAUCCAUCGGCGCCGCCUCCGCCGGGAUAUCCUCCGCCGCGUCACGAAGGAUAUCCUCCACCUCAGCCCCACGGAUAUCAACCGUAUCCACCACCGUCAUCACGUCCAUACGAAGGCGGUUAUCAAGGUUACUUUCAGGGACCGCCGCCUCCUCCUCCGCCGCAACACUACAAUCACUACCAGCAAGAUCAUCACCAUUACCAAGAUUCUGACUCUGGUUGCUUCUCUUUCAUCCGUGGCUGUCUUGCUGCUUUCUGCUGUUGCUGUUUGUUGGAGGAAUGUUGCUUCUGA